AAUCAGACUUCGUUUUCAAUAAUAGAAAAUUAUCCCGUGACAGCAGCUGCUCGCCUAAAUCGCCCUGUCUUUCCUUCUUUCCGUCGCCGGAGCUCCGGUGGAAACAAUAAAGAUCGCAGUUCGGCGCCACUCUCGUGAUCGUCGAUCAGAUCGAGGCACCGCGAUCUGCCUCUUCCCUCAGCGACGGUUCAGAUCGAGGAUGAGUCUUGUGGCCAGCCAUCCGUCGUACAAUCAAUAAUUACGUUGUCUUCUUCCCUCUGUUCCACUAUAAAUACGCAUUGAUUUCGUCGGCUUCCAUUGAUUCGAACCCUGUCGCUUGCUCCUUCCUUCCUCCCUUCCUUCCCCUGUUUCAUUCAUGGCCGGCGGCGACGCGUGGCGGGAUUUCCCGGCGGAGGACGCCGACGGCGCGGCCGUGCUGGGCUGGUUCGAGGAGGUGGCGGAGAACGCCGGUGAAGUGCAGGCGGAGACGCUGCGCCGCAUCCUGGAGGCCAACCUCGGGACGGAGUACCUGCGGCGGUGGCUCGGCGGCGCGGCGGACGGCGUCGGCGGGAUGGGCGCCGCCGAGCUCGAGGCGCUUUUCGCCUCCGCUGUUCCGCUGGCUUCGCACGCGGACUUCGAGCCGUACAUCCGACGAAUCGCAGGCGGCGACGCCUCCCCGGUGCUCACGGCCGAUCCCAUCACCAUGCUCUCGCUCAGCUCAGGAACUACCGAUGGCCGGCCAAAGUACGUGCCCUUCACACGCUUCAACUGUCAAUCUACUCUCCAGAUCUCAAGAUUGGCAGCUGCUCACAUAUCAAGGAUUUUCCCGACCAAGGCCGGCGGUAGAAUCUUGGAGUUCAUCUACAGCAGCAAGCAAUUUCGUACUCCGGGCGGCGGCAUCCUGGCUGGAACGGCGACGAGCCACUACUUCGCCAGCGAGGAGUUCAGGACAAAGCAGAGAACCAUCAAAUGCUUCACCUGCAGCCCCUACGAAGUGAUCGCCGGCGGCGACUACCAGCAGUCCCUCUACUGUCACCUCCUCCUGGGCCUUCUCCUCCUCCACGACGUCGAGUGCGUCUCCUCCACCUUCGCCUACUGCAUCGUGCAGGCCUUUGCCGCCUUUGAAGCCAAGUGGGAGGACCUCUGCUCCGACAUUGAACAGGGGAAGCUAAGCGCCAAUAUCACCUCGCCGGAGAUGAGGAAGGCUGUCGCGGAGCAUCUCCGGCGGCCGGAGCCGGUUCUCGCGUCGGAAAUUAAGAAGAAAUGUGAGAAGUUGAAGGAAUUGGGGUGGUUCGGAUUGAUCCCGGAGCUGUGGCCCAGCGCCAAGUACGUGUCCGCCAUCAUGACCGGCUCGAUGAUUCCGUACACGAAGAAGCUGAGGCACUACGCCGGCGGCGAGGCGGUGCCGCUGGUCUCCGCCGGCUACGGCUCCACUGAGAGCUGGAUCGGAGCGAACUUGGAGCCGAAGAACCCGCCGGAAAAAGUGACCUUUACGGUGAUGCCCACCUUCGCAUACUUCGAGUUCAUUCCCCUGCUCGACGAACGGGAUAAAAAAGGAAUUUUGGAGGCAGAGGAACCGGUGCCGCUCGCCGGCGUGGUGGUCGGGCGGAAGUACGAAAUUGUCCUCACCACCUUCAACGGACUGUACCGUUACCGACUGGGGGAUGUGGUGGAGGUCACCGGAUUCUACAAGCGUGCGCCGCGGCUGGCGUUCGUCUACCGUAAAAAUCUCAUCUUGACGGUUAACAUCGACAAGAACACGGAGCGGGACCUGCAGCAGGCAGUGGAGACGGCGGCGGGGUUGCUGUCGGAAUCGGGGGCGGAGCUGGUGGACUUCACGAGCUACGCCGACGUCGUCGCCGCGGGGGAGUGCUCCGGGCACUACGUGGUCUACUGGGAGCUGAAGGGGGAGGCGGCGGAUGGGGUGUUGAAGGAGUGCUGCGCCGCCAUGGACGCGGCCUUCGCGGACCAGGGGUACGUGGUAUCGAGGCGGACGAGGUCGAUCGGCCCGCUGGAGCUCAGGGUAGUCGCCGCCGGGGCGUUCCGGGAGAUAAUGGAGCACUACAUCGGUAACGGCGCGGCGGUUAGCCAGUUCAAGACGCCGAGGUGCACCACCAACGAGGCGGUGCUUCGAAUCCUCGAUCGAGGCACCGUUAAGCGAUUCUGGAGCACUGCCUACGGCUGAAUCAAUUUGCAAGAAUGACCAGACCUUUAAUUCUUGCUAAUAAUGGAAUAUUAAUAUGGAAAGUUUCUAUGGGAUAAAUCUAAAAUAUAAUUUAUAAACA